AAAAACCUAAGCGUGACCACGUGAACUUCUGCAGUCUGAGGGAACUAAACGCACUAUGGCGUGGAAAAUCCCACACACUGAAGUUCUUUUGACGAACCAGAGUUCUGUACGCUUGUUUGUGUCAUUUGUUGUGUCAUCAAAGAGGUUUGUUUAAACAGCAGUCUUUUUUACAUUGUAAACUCGCACUGAGGACCUAAAAGAAACGCAAAAUAAAGGGUUGUAUGUCCAAUAUCCAACCCCUGGGGGCGCUGUAGCUAUUCCUUGUAUCCACCCAACAUCAACCUUAGCAUCAUUCACAGGUUUGUAUUUUAUGUUAACACCCGUGAAUGCCCUUUUGACCGACCCUCUGUACCCCUCAUUUUCUGUAUUGUUCUGACUUGUUAGUAAGCGAGGCUCUUUUUGUUCUUAUUGCCUUAGGAUUUGCUUUUAGACCAUAAUAAUUAGGAAGUACAUUAAACAGGCCUGUGGUUUGACUCAAAUGGUUGGUUUGCUGAUGUAAAUCUGCUUUAUUGACACGCGUAAAAUCCAAAUUAUGUGGUACAACCGCAAUGCAUCCGAAGAUUAAUUUGUGGCCAAUUUUAUGGUGUCUUUGCAAUAGUCUGUACAUGGAGUUAUCCAUAUUUGUAAUUUUAGUCUCUUUAUACGCGUCUAAUUGCAUUUUGACAAUAUGCUCUAAGACCGAGUUUUACUGUGAAGACCAGACCUGUAAGAUCUGAAGGUUCGGUCACGGUACCUUUCUCUGGCCCUUUUGUAAGUGCUUUGAUGGCACACUCGGUGCAGACAGACCUGAACAAAUAAUGGAGGGUGGACGCGGUGGGGAGUAGUCAGUCGUGCAGCCCUUACUCAUUGGUUGCCUCAGACACAGUAGCUCUCCCUCUCACUCUCUCAUAAAUGCGCUCCCACCACCGACCGUAGCAGAUAAUCACAGGCCACUGCGAGGGGGACACACCUUCUGCUCAUUUUGCUUCACUUUACCAGGGGAUGCGUUUCGAUUCACGAAAAGGUGUCAUCAGUCCAAGAUUUUAGUCCUUUUUCGCUGCUUGCAGUUUCGCAAUUUUUCAGUUUUUGCUCAUAGGUUACGAGUCUCUUUCGCUUUACAUCGAAGAUGACUGGGGUUUUUGAGAACUUAAAUACUGAUAUGCAUUCCAACCAGAUUACCUCGAGCAGUUACCACAGCUUGCACAAGUCGCAGGAGUCGCCGACUCUGCCAGUGUCCACGGCCACGGACAGCAGCUACUACAACAGCCAACAGCCGGGCCACUGCGCAGGGUCUCCUUUUGGCCAACUCGGCUCGUACCAGUACCACAGCAGUGCCACAAGCGCUGUGCCAUAUAACGCAAAAUCAUACGAGCUAGGCUUCAACUCGUCAUAUGGUGCAUACAGCUCCUAUGUCUCCAACCCCUCGCCUACUCCAGCGGAUACAGAGAAAGAAGAGAGCGAGCCAGAAAUCCGGAUGGUAAAUGGAAAACCAAAGAAGGUCAGGAAACCUCGAACCAUUUAUUCCAGCUUUCAACUGGCUGCACUUCAACGGAGGUUUCAAAAGACGCAGUAUUUGGCUCUACCAGAACGGGCCGAGCUGGCAGCCUCCAUGGGCCUUACUCAAACACAGGUCAAAAUCUGGUUCCAAAACCGCCGCUCCAAGUUCAAGAAGUUGUGGAAAAGUGGAGAAAUCCCCCCAGAGCAACAUGUUGCUUCCAGUGAAUCUCCCCCCUGCACGUCUCCGCCAACUACUGCCUGGGACUUUCCACAGACUCAAAGAAUGAACAGUGUCAACUCCAGUUUACCUCAGAGCAGCAGCCCUCCCAACACGACUGCGCCUACAUCGUUUUUGGCAAACUACUCCUGGUACUCUACGAACUCUGCGACGCAUCUGCAGCCUCAUCUGGUCCCGCACCACCACAACUCCGCCAUAAGCGCUGGGACGAUAUUCUGAAACGAAAAACAAACACACAAAUAUCGGGUUUAAAUCGGACAAUACUGGUGAAUAGAUGAGAAAUGCCAAUACUUUUAUUUUGCAGACCUCGUGUGUGCGCCAUGCGAAUUUUACGCACAGGUAUCUAGGUGAAGUUAAUGGAGCAAGAUAGGUUCAUGGACCUUGCCAGUUUUCGCAAAUGCUAGUAACAGAUUUCUACAGUUAUUUUUGUAUUUAUUUAUUUUGUCUAUGUCGAGGGAUGAAUGAACCACUAUUACCCAAAGCAAUCACAGCCUGGGCGCAAGCCUGCUUAUACGCGGACGUCACUUUUUGCCAUCCCUGCGAAUCAAACAUUUAUCGCAGGACAACCUCUCACAAAUGUAGCACAAGUUAACUGUACUGUGCCUUUUUCAAUAUGACCUCAUUUUGAUGUGCGUUAAAAUAGCUUACCUUUAUCCAUUCCACGUCAUUAGUUGAGUUGAAUAAACUGGGGGGGAGGGGGUAAGUGUCUGAAACCAUGUUUGUAAAUAUUUUACCACAGCUUUUUUGAUAGCCCAUGUCGCUUCGACUUUUAUUUUUAGCCUUUGAGUGCAAAACCAUCAUAAUCCACCGUAAGCUACUGAUUGUUCCACCCUCCCAAAUGUUAUUGUAUCACAUUUUAUUGUAUCUUUGUCUUAUUUAUUUUAGCAUUGUUCCAUAUAUGACCAGACGUUAUUUAAAUAAAAAUGAUUCUGUGCAUAUUGUA